AAAUCAUUUAGGUUACAAAUUAAAUGAAACCAUAUUUAUUUACACAUUUAAAUAAACCAGAAAUUUUGAAGAAAAUUGUCGUUUGACUCGGUUUUCGUAAAUAAACAAAAACAAAAAACCACAGUCGUAAUUUGAGAUAAGACAUUAUUGUCUAAGUGAUUCCCGGAAAUGGAAGAACAAGACACUCCAGAAGAAUGCGAAAAUACUACGCCUACAAUAGCCUCAACAUCAUGGCAAGCAAUUAAUUUACCCAUACCUCAGCAUACACUUUCAAGGACUCGUUUAUCAAUGAAGGCCCAACAAAGCGGAAACAAUUCAAACGAAUCGAAAGUUGAGAAUUGUAGCAUUGACACAAAUCCUGGGAGUUCCAAACAGUGUGGAGUUCAUGGCAAUAGCAGUGUUGGCGAUAAUCCUUUCAUAGCAGAGCAAUUUCUCGUCGAUUGUAAUGAAGAAAACUUUAACUCAGUGUCAUUGCAUUCUGUUGAAUCAUUUCUAUGCCGCAUUUGCCAUAUCAAUGAAAAUUCAGAGAAGCUAGUGGCGCCAUGUCUGUGCAAAGGAUCUCUAAGCUAUGUGCACACCUACUGCCUGGAGAGGUGGGUAAAAACAUCGCGUUAUACCAUCUGCGAACUAUGCCAAUAUCAAUACAAUACUCAACAGACGUUAAGAUAUACUUUCCUUCAAUCCCUGAGAGUUUGGUAUUCGCGACCUUCAAGCCUUCGAAUCUUGCAGGAAGAUUGUCAAUUGUUCUCCUUUAUAACGUUGGUGGCCUUUGGCAUUAUUGGGACCAUACUCGUAGCCAUACAGUAUUACAAUCUGCAAGGAACUAACACCGAAAUAGCACGAGCCUGGAGCAAGGGAUGGAUGAUGUUUUUUCUAUUCGCUACAUUGGCGGUGUACAUGGUUAAUGUCUAUAUGAUUGCCAAAUCCCAUUUGACCCCUUGGUAUCGAUGGUGGCAAUCGGCUCGCGAAAUACACUUAAUUUUGGAAAAUCACCCCCCAUCGCUGGACAAUCAAACCAAGGGCCAAUUGCAACAGAAAAACCAACAUCAGCCUGGUCAACAUCAUGGAUCAACUGUGAUCCAAUCAUCAGGCGAAACGCCAAUGACUGGAGGUACAACAACAGGCCAAGGUUCGAAUGACUACCAUAUGACUACUACAUGCGUAAAUUACAUGAUGCAGUCGCAGGACAACAAAGGAAAUAUCGUAGAUAAAGGAACCGCUAACACCAUCACCCACACUACGAUAACAACUGCAGAUGCAGAUGUUUUUGUCGGGACCGCAGAACCGGCAACUCUCUUAGUUUUGCCCAUUAACAGCGUUCCUAAUUGCUUGGAUGGAUUAAAUAUCGUGGCUCAUGAUGUUAAGGCAUCUACAGCAAGGGAGUGCUAUAAUUGUGCGAUUUGUGGUCCAGUAUGGAAACAAAGGUGCCAGAAGCAGCUGAAGUUAAUGGAAAAUCACCAAUUUGCAUUAUAUAUUGCAGAUACCAGGGAAAUGUUUACGGAUAUUACAAUGGCAUAAGUUAAGGCUUUGACAAAGGCCUCAUCAAAUACUCUACGCAAUAACUAUGGCUAACUUUAAUACUGCAAUAUGGUGGUUUAAGGCAACAGCUGCUGUUUAGAGCCACAAAAGAAACAUUGUAAAUGAAUUCUGGUGUCAACAAUAUGAACAAGUCUCUUGUAUAUGCGGUUGUUAGGUUUCUCCACUGGCUCUCGAAUUUUAAUGGGUAUUUCAAAAUUGGUUUUAAUGACUGCAGCAAGCAAACACAUAUUUUUUUACAUUGUAUUUUGAAAUGCAUAUAUUGACCGAAAAACUACAGAACUCUUCUUUAAUAAUUGAUAAAUUAAGAAAAAAGAGAAACUUUACUUUAGAUAAUUAAAAAAUGGUAAAGCAAGCUGACAGGUCUUCUUGUUCGGGCUUUGGAUUCAACCCCGAAUUCUUGUACUACGGAAACUUUUUAAAUUUCAAUUUCCUUGAUUUUUCGUUUGCCCAAAAUUAAAUUUAAAUUUGAAUGUUA